AUUUUGGUACUUGAAUCAUGAAUGGGCAGGCCGAACAGCUACAUAAUCUUACAACGGAUCACCGUGAAGACACAAUCGGAGCCCAUAUAUUUUGAUUCCUUUUGCCGCCGGACGAUAACAUGGACGACGUCCUCGGAAACAACCGUUUUCGUUAUCUGAAAGAUACCUCUCAGCACCGUGACAUUCGGACGAAGAUUAUCCAAUUUCUCACCGGCGUUGGCAAGUUCGCCGUGGACUCUACCAUCUUCAGCUCACUCAAGGCCGUCUCCGGUAAGAGUGAGGUGCAUAAGAUUAGGCAGGGAGGGUUAAAGGAUACGCCCUAUUCAUCAUCUUUGAAUGAAAAGAAACCAGAAGAGGUUAAACUAGUGAUGAAACCAGAAGAGGUUAAACUAGUGAUGGAUAAGAUGCAGGCAGAGAUGGAGGAAAAAGAGGGAAACGUGAAUAAAAUGAAGCAACAGCAACACCAUUGUACAUCUGCAGAGAUUGUUGAUGAUGACUCUGAACCACUGAAGAAGAAGCAGGGGGAAGGCGACAAAGGAUCAGCCAACGUAAUUCAAAACAAGAAAAGGAUCUUCAUCCGUUCCCGACUAUAGACACAAUCCAGUUCAUUAUUAUUGUAUUGUAGCAUAAUAGUAAGAAUAAUGGAUUCCUUUCUUGACAGGGUACGUAAGUUGUACUUAGAUGGAGACUUUUAUUAUAUUAUCAUAAUUUGUAAAGCUAUGCAUCCAAUAUUUUCAUGGAUGGAAUUCCUUAGCUUAGCAAGUUGUAAACAAAUUCCUCUCUUGUUGGAAACAAAAUAGAAGUUGAUUAAUAGCAUUUUGUUUUUGGCAGGAUUAGUA